AUGAGCUUAACCUCCAAUACUGGUCAUAACGGCCCCCGCACUUACGCACCUUACCGCCAAAUUCGGGCGCACUAUGAUGACGAGACUAUCACUGUCUACCAGGCCUAUAGCUCAUCCAUUGCAACGGCUGCUAUCGAGGCUCAACGACUAGAUGCGUCGCCAAGCUUCAAGCUCACCAGAAUGACCUGGAUCAAGCCCAGCUGGACUUGGAUGCUCUAUCGUGCUGGAUACUCUUACAAAGACCUUGGCCAAGAACGCAUCCUGGCUUUGAAGAUGCCACGCGAAUAUUUCAUCGGACUCCUUCGCAAAGGAAGGUUAUCACACGCUGCAGUUGCGCAGGACGGCGAGAAGGUUCGGAUCCAAUGGGAUCCAGAACGCACGGUGCGACUGGAUAAGCUACCAUAUCGAAGCAUUCAAAUCGGAAUCCCUGUGGGAAUUUGCAAGACUUGGGUGAAGGAAGGAAUCGUGGGGAUCGAAGAUGUCACUGGUCGUGCCAGGGAGUUGAAGAGAGUCUUGGACGAGAACCCGACAAUUUCGGAUAGAGAGCUGGCCAAAUUGGGAUUGAUGCCAUCAGAAGAGGAGUUUGUUGUACCUGGCGAUGUGCAAGGAAUAUUGGAGAUGACCCCGGCCCAGGUUUCAUAG